AUGGCUGAGGUGGCAGGAGUGGGUGUUUCACUGGGGCCUGGGGUUGCCUGCUCCACGUUGCUGAGAUGGACCUGUGCUUUCCAGCUUCUGAGCCUGUGCUGUGGCAGGGGUGAAGCAGAGGCCAGGACAGCUAGGUUCACGGCUGUCUGGCCCUUCUCAGCCUUGGUCUGUGCUCACACUCCUUGCUGGGCCGUGGCUGAAAACCCACCCCCACUUCCCGGCAGCCCCCCUCUGACCGUGUGCUGGCGUCUCAAGCCCGAGUGCCUGCCGCUGGAGGAGGGAGAAUGCCAGCCCAUGUCGGUGGCCAGCACGGCCUACAAUCUGACCCACACCUUCAGGGAUCCCGGGGACUACUGCUUCAGCAUCCGGGCUGAGAACGUCAUCAGUAAGACACACCAAUACCAUAGGAUCCAGGUGUGGCCCUCCAGCAUCCAGCCGGCUGUCUUUGCUUUCCCGUGUGCCACGCUGAUCACCAUGAUGCUGGCCUUCAUCAUGUACAUGACCCUCCGGAAUGCCGCUCACCAGAAGGACAUGGUAGAGGUGGCUGAUUUUGACUUUUCCCCCAUGUCUGACAAGAACCCCGAGCCGCCCGCCGGGGCCCGAUGCUGUCACUACAUGUGCUGUGGGCCCGUCUUGCUGGACACUCCCUCGGAGUACCUGGAAGUUGUCCGCGACAACCGCGGGUUGCUGCCGCCCCUCUACAAAUCCGUCAAAACGUACACCGUGUGAGCGCCCCCCAGUCCCGUGUCAGCGUUAACCGACCGCCAGCCGGGCGCUCCAGACAGCGCGGCGCGACCGCCGAGCGGGAGGGGCGUGCGGGUGCGGGGCUGCCCACCCUGCCGGCCAUCCAUCCGUACUUCCAACUGUGCCACAAGCCCCCCUCAGCCCCACAACCCCCAUCUGUCCACCUGUGCAGUCCAGCCCCUGCUGCAAGCCCCUCUCAGUCCCGCCACCCCACCCCUUGCCUUUGAAGAGCCCCAGGCAGGGCCCCGAAGCUCAGCGGGGUCCCUCCUCCCUCCCAGGGCUGCCUGGCUGCCCCGCACCCAUUCUUCCCGUAUUGGCACUUCUGCCGUCCGUCUGGGGUCUGAGCUUCCCUCCCCCGGGUGACCCUGCCUAGGUCAGAGAACCGGGAGGAAGGUCACCAAUGGUUAAGGCUACAUCACAAAAGGUCACGCAUACAGAGACAAGCGCACGCACACACGCACGCAGAUACACACAUCACACGUGUCCCACAGGCGUCUCCGACAAUGUCCUCUGUAUCAGUUACGUUGGUUGCUAAAAGGACAUGGGACUUUCUCCACUUGGCCCCCCGCAGCUCCUGGGCCUGGCCCUCCCCUUCGUGCACCAGUCCCCGUGGCUCCUGGGGUCCAUUCUAAGGACACCCUGUUUCCUGCCUGCUUGCUGGGGGGAGGGUGGGGGCAGGGCUAACACUUUGUGGGUGCAGAGGGCUUCAUGAAGAGCGCCUUCUUGUCCUGAGACCCUGUUAACUUCCACUGAGGAAAAGGAGGAACGAGCCAGUGGGGAAUUGGGUUCACUGUGGGGGAUGGUGUUCUUGCCCCUCCGCAUGGCCUGGAGAAGGAGGCAGGUCUGGAGGGAGCCCUCGGGGCAGGGGGGAGCCCAGUGGCCCCGGGGAGGCAGAGCUGGUGGAGAGGGCGGUCCAGGUGCAGAGAGAGACCACAGUGAGGCCCCCCCCCCCCCGCACAGCCAUGCAGGAGCGUGAGGAGCCAAGGGGGCCUGUUUGGGGGGGAGGGGCCAGGGCUGUGGGGGCAAAGCUCUGUUGCCGUAAUCUUUGCUCUCAGACUUUGUGCAGACAACAGCAUUCCCGCUGUCGUGCAGCUCAUUCUCAUGAAAUACUGCCAUUACUGCUGAAUAAAGCUUGUGUGCUCUCAAAAUAGCCAAGCA